CCCUUCCAUCUUGCACAUGUGCACCUGCUCACCCCUUCAGUCUUGCACAGGUGUACCGGCUCCUCCCCCUCCAGUCUUGCACAGGUGUACCGGCUCCUCCCCUCCAGUCUUUCACAGGCGUACCGGCUCCUCCCUUCCAGUCUUGCACAGGUGUACCGGCUCCUCCCCUCCACUCUUGCACAGGUGUAUCGGCUCCUCCCCUCCAGUCUUGCACAGGUGUAUCGGCUCCUCCCCUCCAGUCUUGCACAGGUGUACCGGCUCCUCCCCUCCAGUCUUGCACAGGUGUACCGGCUCCUCCCCUCCAGUCUUGCACAGGUGUAUCGGCUCCUCCCCUCCAGUCUUGCACAGGUGUAUCGGCUCCUCCCCUCCAGUCUUGCACAGGUGUACCGGCUCCUCCCCUCCAGUCUUGCACAGGUGUACCGGCUCCUCCCCUCCAGUCUUGCACAGGUGUACCGGCUCCUCCCCUCUAGUCUUGCGCAGGUGUACCGGCUCCUCCCCUUCAGUCUUGCACAGGUGUAGUGGCUCCUCCCCUUCAGUCUUACACAGGUGUACCGGCUUCUCCCCUUCAGUCUUACACAGGUGUACCGGCUCCUCCUCUCCAGUCUUGCACAGGUGUACAGGCUCCUCCCCUCCAGUCUUGCACAGGUGUACAGGCUCCUCCCCUCCAGUCUUGCAUAGGUGUACCGGCUCCUCCCCUCCAAUCUUGCAUAGGUGUACCGGCUCCUCCCCUACAGUCUUGUACAGGUGUACCAGCUCCUCCCCUUCAGUC